AUGGCUUUAAGGCAAUCAUCAAAUCACCGCAUGGAUUGGCAAUACACAAUCAUUCAUCCACUCCUUCUGGCUGCGGUUUAUCUUAAGAUGUUCGAGAAUCCUGAUCCUGAGCAACGAAAGGAACUAGCGGCCCCAAAAUAUCCAGAAAACUACGAUUCCCUGAACGAGCUCAUCCGCCGACAAGGCCUCUUUUACUUGUAUCGCGUUUACAAUGGUGGACUCAACAGCAUCCAUCUUAAAACUAUACAGACCACCUUAAUUUUUGAACGCCAGCAUACUGUGAAGCUUGCAGGACCGUAG